CUACUACUUUGCUCAAGGAAACGGAUUAUAAUAAUAAUAAUAAUUAUUACACACAUCGUUUGUUGUAGUAGUGUUGUACAGUCAACCAACGUUUCGUCGCAACGAAUGUCGCCGUUCACCGUCGUCACCGCCGCCGCCUCCGCCGUUCACAGAUCGCGAUCGACACGCCGUGUGCACCGUUCAUCAUCACUAUCGAUACGCGAACACCAUUCGAGCAUUAUGUUCUCACGGUAAUCUGUAACAGCGAAAUAAUAUUAUAAAUCCGUCGUCGUCGUCGUCGCCUACGUCGUCUACGUCGUCUACGUCGUCUACGUCGCUCCCGUAACAGCUACGGUCUUACUCGCUACAUACGCUUACACACACACACACUUACUCACCAACACGCAUACAUAUACAUUUUUAACAGUCAAAGUACGCGUAUAUACACACACACAUCACAUCACAUCACAUCACAUCACAUCACACAUCGCAUCACAUAACACCACUCUAGUUUUUUGCAUUAAUACCGUCUUCGCACUUUGGGUACUUUUGAACGACUCGAGGUCUCUUCUCGUCCGUCCUCGUCUGCCCGGUCGGUGCUCGACACCGUCAGACGUCUACGCCGACAGCCGCCCGUCACGCGUUACAUCCAGCCAUGGCCAAGACCUACGAUUACCUGUUCAAGUUGCUGUUGAUCGGUGACUCGGGCGUGGGAAAGACGUGCGUGUUGUUCCGUUUCAGUGAAGAUGCGUUCAACACGACGUUCAUAUCCACCAUAGGCAUUGAUUUCAAAAUACGUACCAUCGAAAUGGACGGCAAGAAAAUUAAACUACAAAUUUGGGACACUGCUGGCCAAGAACGUUUUAGGACCAUUACAACAGCUUAUUAUCGCGGUGCCAUGGGUAUUAUGUUAGUGUACGAUGUCACCAAUGAAAAAUCAUUCGACAACAUUAAGAAUUGGAUACGUAACAUUGAGGAAAAUGCAUCAGCUGAUGUAGAAAAAAUGCUGCUAGGAAACAAAUGCGAACUUAAUUCAGGCCGUCAGGUAUCAAAAGAACGCGGUGAACAAUUAGCAGUAGAGUAUGGUAUAAAAUUUAUGGAGACGUCAGCAAAAGCUAGUGUUAAUGUGGAGGAAGCUUUUCACACUCUGGCCAGAGAUAUCAAAACAAAAACGGAAAAGAAAUUGGAAGCAUCAAAUCCUCCCAAAAGUGGUGUGCAAUCUAGUGGUGGUCACCAUUUAAGAGAUAAUAACGGAACAAAGAAACUUGGACAAGGUGGUGGAAGUGCAGCUGCACUCAAUUGGUUGUCAUCAAGAUGUACAGUACUCUGACCACGAUUAGCAUAUCAUGGUUCAAUUAAACAACAACAAAUGUACACCUUGAAUACCAUUGUCAACAUGACCGUUAAUUAAAACAAUUAUUAUAUUGUCUUUCUUUAAUAAUAAUAAUUGUUUUUAAUGGAUAUUGAAUCUCUC